AUCUCCUUUCUCUCUCUUCUUCAUUGCUAUUAUUUGAUCCCUAUAGUUUCUAUCAGUAUAGGGUGUGCCUAUGGAUCUAGUUGAUGAAGUCCCUGCUGAGAGCCUGAGCUUUUUCUUUGAAGAUUUGCUUGUCUUUAGCUCCUUUUGGUUGUUAUUCAGGAAAAUUGGGUUUGAUCUGCGGUGGUAAGAGCUUCUGGAGAGUUUGGGGCUCAAAUCUAAGUGUUGUUGGUUGAGAAUUGCUAAUUUUUGAAGUCUCUGUUGGUCCUGCUCUAUAGCUAUGGGGGAUUGUAAAUCUGUAGCUCCGGGGUUGGAAGGGGAGGAAAACUUGAUUGCUGCAGCACAGCACAUAGUGAAGGCGUUGGGGUCUAAUAAGAACCUUACUGAUGAUGUGAGGAAGAUUUUGGUGGAUCUUGGUACCCAGUUGUCGACCAUAACCAUAGCCGAUGAAAACAAGAGUGAGGGGGUAAAUGAAAUUGAAGACCGGCUUAUUGCUGCACAGGACAAGGUGAUGAGUUGGGAAGCUGAUCAGUGUAUGGUAUGGGAUUCAGGCCCUGAGGAAGCUGCUGAGUAUCUGAAGGCUGUUGAGGAAGUGAGAAAAUUGACGGAAGUCUUGGAAAGCUUGUGUUUGAACAAAGAUAGUGAAGGGGAUGAGCUCCUACGGAGAGCUUAUGAUGUUUUACAGACAGCAAUGGCAAGGCUUGAGGAAGAGUUCAGAUACUUGCUUUUUCAGAAUCGGCAACCCUUUGAGCCUGAACACAUGUCUUUUCGUUCUAAUGAUGAGGAUGUGGUGGACGAGGGCUCAAUCAUAUCUUUUGAGGAUGACCCAGUUGAGGACUCCCUUCAGACUGAUAGUAUUAGCAGAAGCUCUGAGGACUACAUCAUUCACUUGGUCCAUCCAGAUGUGAUUCCUGACCUCAAAUCCAUAGCAAAUUUAAUGUUAAGUUCAAAUUAUGAUCAGGAAUGCUCUCAGGCCUAUAUAAGUGUCCGCAAGGAUGCCUUGGAUGAGUGCCUCUCCAUUCUUGAAAUGGAGAAGUUGAGCAUUGAGGAUGUCCUUAAGAUGGAGUGGGCAGGCUUGAAUUCCAAGAUUAGGAGAUGGGUUCGGGCUAUGAAGAUAUUUGUGCGCGUCUAUCUUGCUAGCGAGAAAUGGCUAAGUGACCAAGUUUUUGGGGAGGUUGGAUCAGUUAGUUCAGCUUGUUUUGUGGAGGCAUCACGGGCUUCAAUUUUUCAGCUGCUGAAUUUUGGUGAGGCCAUAGUUAUUGGUCCCCACAAACCAGAAAAAUUGAUGCGCAUACUCGACAUGUAUGAGGUGCUAGCAGAUCUUCUUCCAGAUAUUGAUGGUAUAUACCAGGAGGAUAUAGGUUCUUCUGUUAGAACCGAGUGUCGUGAGGUUCUAGGGGGAUUGGGUGACUGUGUGAGGGCAACCUUUCUUGAAUUUGAGAAUGCCAUUGCAUCAAACACAUCAACAAAUCCUUUUGCAGGGGGUGGAAUCCACCCACUGACUAGGUAUGUCAUGAACUACAUCAAGAUUCUUACCGAUUACAGUAAUACCAUUAAUUUGCUAUUCGAGGACCAUGACAGAGCAGAUCCUGGUUCAUUGUCAUCCAACACAAGUCCAGUUACAGAAGAGGAGAACAAAAGUGGAAGGUCUUCUUGCAGUACUCCAACGGGUCUCCACUUCCGGGCACUGAUUUCAGUUCUUGAAUGCAACCUUGAGGAUAAGUCCAAGUUGUACAGGGAUGUUGCUUUACAACACCUGUUCUUGAUGAACAACAUUCACUACAUGACUGAAAAGGUUAAGAAUUCUGAACUCAGGGAUGUUUUUGGGGAUGAAUGGAUUCGCAAGCAUAACUGGAAAUUCCAACAGCAUGCAAUGAACUAUGAGAGAGCUUCUUGGAGUUCAAUCUUGCUUUUACUCAAGGAGGAAGGGAUUCAGAACUCCAAUUCGAAUUCUCCAUCGAAAACUGUUUUGAAGGAUAGGCUCCGGAGCUUUAAUGUUGCUUUUGAGGAGCUCUACAAAUCCCAGACAGCAUGGCUGAUCCCAGACAGUCAGCUUCGAGACGAGUUACAAAUCUCAACGUCCCUCAAAGUAGUCCAGGCUUAUCGGACAUUUGUGGGAAGACAUAACCCUCAUAUCAGUGACAAGCACAUAAAGUACAGCCCUGAUGAUCUACAGAACUUCCUCUUGGAUCUCUUUGAGGGAUCUCCAAAAUCACUGCCAAAUACCCACAGGAGGUGAUACCAGAAUCAGUCGGAAUGGCUAUUCUUAUCCACUGCCUUCCUUAACCACGAAGAGUACUAAAUUUAGGUAUUCACUCAGCAAGUUCUCGUAUUUCCUAUAGCUGUAUUCUCUAUGAUUGAAAUUUCAUUGUUGAUUUCUACAUAUUCUAUUUAUUGUGACAAUGUAAAGUGCGCUUCUAUGACCAGAAAUUGCUAGAAUUUUGCUGGUACCUUGGCUUG